AUGAAACACUCACGGCAUGUCAUAGAGCCUUUGGUGAUAACAACUACGGCUCAUUCAGCUUUCGAAAAAGUGUUCCUAGAUGUGGUAGGACCCUUAGAUCGUGAUAUAGACGAUAACAAAUAUCUUUUAACCAUUCAGUGCGAAUUAUCUAAAUUUAUAGAAGCAUAUCCACUCAAAAAUAAAGAAACUGUAACUAUUGCUAGAACAUUUGUUAAUAAUUUUAUUUUAAGAUUUGGUGUACCUAAAAUAAUAGCGACAGAUAGGGGUAGUGAAUUCAUAUCCUCAACUAUGACUGAAAUAUGUAAGUUAUUGCAAAUUGAAAAAAUAAACUCUACAGCAUAUCAUCACGAGUCUAUUGGUGCCCUUGAAAAUUCUCACAAGCAUCUAGGAUCAUUUUUGCGAAUUGUGUGUGAUAAAUAUCCUGACACAUGGAGUUACUGGAUUCCAUAUUGGUGUUUUACUUAUAAUAAUACGGUGCAUUCUUCAACGAAAUAUACGCCUUACGAACUUGUCUUUGGUAAACCAAGUGAACUUCCUUGUAGAAUAAGUAGUUGUAUAAAACCAUUGUAUAAUCCUGAUGACUAUAACUUGGAAUUAAAGUAUCGAUUACACGUUGCACAAAAUGAUACACGUGAAAACUAG